AUAAACCAUCUUCAUUCUUCACUGCACUAAGUACUAAAAACAAUGGGCUCUGGCAAAUAUAACUCUGCAGCUAUUGCAGCUACUCUUUCAUUGAUCUUUUUCUUCUGCAUGUCAUGCAAUGCUCAGCUAUCUUCUUCGUUUUAUGAUACUUCUUGUCCUAAUUUAGAAAGUACUGUUAAGACAGAAGUGAGGACUUCGAUAUCUGCCGAGCGUCGUAUGGCAGGAUCACUCAUUCGGCUUCACUUCCACGAUUGCUUUGUUCAGGGUUGUGAUGCAUCAAUCUUGCUUGAUGAUUCUCCGACUAUUCAAAGUGAGAAAGGGGCGACUCCGAAUAAGAAAUCUGUAAGGGGUUUUGAUGUCAUUGACAGAGCCAAGACUGCUGUUGAGAAAAUCUGCCCUGGAGUUGUUUCUUGUGCCGAUAUCCUUUCGAUUGCUGCUCGGGAUGCCACAGUUUUGGCUGGUGGUCCAUCAUGGACUGUAAAGCUGGGAAGAAGAGAUUCUACAACUACCAAUUUUGCACAAGCAUCCAAUGGUCUUCCCUUUUUCCGUGACAAUCUUCAGAAACUUAUUAAGGACUUUUCAGACAAGGGCUUCACUAUAAGGGAGAUGGUUGCUUUGUCUGGUGCACAUUCAUUCGGUCAGGCACAGUGCUUCACAUUCCGCGACAGAAUCUACAACAAUGCAUCAGACAUCGACGCUGGAUUCGCCAGCACACGCAGACGCAACUGCCCUUCCAGCGGUUCAGAUGACAAUUUAGCACCGCUUGAUCUGGUGACCUCUACUUCAUUCGACAACAACUACUACAAAAAUAUACUCCAAAAGAAGGGACUUUUAGAAACAGAUCAGAUCCUUCUAAGCGGCGGUUCAACAGACGACAUUGUCAGAGACUACAGCAACAAUCCUACUACAUUUAAGAAUGAUUUUGCAGCUGCCAUGGUCAAAAUGAGUGAUCUCAGUCCCCUCACUGGUCAAUCUGGUGUGAUUAGGAAUAUCUGUAGUUCACUCCCAUCAUAAUAUACCAUAAGUCAUAUUAAGCAUGCCAAGAUAAUCGAGUCUUAUAUAUAUAGCAAAAAGAUAUAAGUUAAAAAGAAUUGUUUAUAUAUGUAGCUACGAAUGUUUGCUUCAUUCUUCUGUUCAUUAAUUGUUUUCUUUUCUUCUUCUUUGUGUGUUGUAUGUUGUAUGUUGUUCAAAUCUUUCACUCUCUCCUUGAGUCAAGUGUAUGUAAUCACAAUUAUUGAUCAAUAAAAGAGUUUGUCUUCGUCUA